CCAGGACCCUGAGAUCAUGACCCCAGCCAAAGGCAGCUAUUGGACCCAGACACCCAGGCAACAACCCUGCCCGCCCCCACCCUCCCCGCCCCGUCUCGCUCCCUGGCCACGGUUGUUAGAAAGAUGAAUUGUUAAUAAUUGGAAAGUACUUAAAACAGAGCCUGGUACAUACAAAGUACCAUGUAAGUAGAAAUGUAAAUUCACAAGUCCCCGCCCGCAGUGUACUUUUCUCAGGCCAGGGGAGGACGGAUGGAAAGGAUGCAGGGAGAAUUGCCCAGAACCUGCGGCGCCUCGAAAACCCUGCCCCCUCACUGAAGGUGCAAGGACUACUUUACCCAUAAUGCCUCCCGUGGGGCCGCCCACGCGGUCUCAUUCUCACCCGCUUACAGCUGGUCGGCCACAGUUCAAGGACUACGUUGCCCACAAUGCCCGCCGUGGACCGGCCUAUCCAGACUCAGUCCCACACUCGACAGCCGGCUCAGCCAGUAGCGCGGGGACUACAUUACCCACAAUGCGCCGGUGAGCCCGCCCACAGCGUGCUGAAUCUGCGGCUCACGAGGACCCGUCUCGGGUGUUAGUUGUGCGGGUUUGUUUGUCUCGUCUGUGGCGCUUGCCUGACGCGCCCCCUGCUCCCGCGGUCCACUCUCGGCCGGGCCUGCCUCGCUGCUGGUGAGUGCGGGUGCAGGGCGCGAGGUCCCGGCUUGAGCUUCCAUCCCGGGCCCACGUCAGAGCCCGGGUUUGUGCUCGGCCUGGGCUACCGCUCACACUCCACCUGAGGACGAAAGCAGCCCGGCCGGGGACUCCCAGCCCUCCCAGGACCCUGGAGUUGGAGAGGCCGAGGUGACCAUCCAGUCGGGGGUACCCGGCGGGCCUAUGGGGCUUGCAGGGCCCGAAAUCGGGGGUCAGGUCGUGACAGAAUCCGCGUCCUCGCAGUCGGAGGGCGCCCUGGUUCUCACCAUGUUUCCAAAGGGACCCCAGCCCAGGUGGGCCAGCCGUGGUAAUAAAAACCGCGUUUCUCUAAAUCUGAUCCUAUUCUAGGCAAUGCGCGAAACCCCUUCCAAAAAUCCUUUAGUCUUCUCAGCAGCCUCUGUGUGGGGAUACCAUUUUCUCCGCUUUUUGAAUGCGGCAUCGAGGCUCGGAGGGUUUGAGUAACUUGCCUGGGAAUUAGCAGGGGGGAGCCGCAAGAACGCUUUCACUUACAAAUUAAAGCCUCACUUACAAAUUAAAGCCGUUUUCUUUUGCCAGUGAGCGUGAGUUGGCUCUGGGGCAAGCACAGGGGCUUAUGGGUAGAUGCUUAUCUAGCCCUAACCCGCACCCAGAUGAUUUUAUUGUUUCCGUACAGAGUCCUGCAAACCUCUUAUCCACUGUGCCUGAGGUUCCGGGAAGCACAAAUUUGAGCCCUGGGGCAAAAGAAAGCAAGACCCGCCCCAGACAAUGGCAACCACACCUGGUCUCCAGCCUCCACCGCCCCUGGACCAAGAUGAGAUCUUGAUUGUGAAGGUGGAGGAGGAUUUCUGCUGGGAAGAGGAGCCCUCGCUGCAGCCCCAAGACCCCAGCCCUGAGACCUUCCGCCAGCUCUUCCAGCUCUUUUGUUACCAGGAGGUGGCGGGGCCACGGGAGGCCCUGAGCCGCCUUUGGGAGCUCUGCUGCCUCUGGCUGCGGCCAGAGCUGCGCACCAAGGAGCAGAUCCUGGAGCUGCUGGUGCUGGAGCAGUUCCUGAUGGUGCUGCCAGGGGAGAUCCAGGCCCGGGUGCGGGAGCAGCAGCCGGAGAGUGGUGAGGAGGCCGUGGUCCUCGUGGAAGGGCUGCAGCGGGAGCCCAGGAAACAGAGGCAGCGGGGCCUGGAGGUGCUCCCUGAUGAUGUAGCGCCCCAUGGGGCAGGAGAAAAGUCCUUGAAACACCAAGUGGAGGCCAGGCCGGAGGAGCUGUCUCCGGAGGAAGGGUCUGGAUGCUCCAGCCAGCAGCCCCCAUCCCAACGGAGCCACAGACCAAAGAGGGGCCCCCAGCUCUGGCCAAAGAGGGGCCCAGCAGCCUCCCAGCAUCAGAAGACAGCAGCUUCGGCCACAUCCUUCGUUUCGUCUUGGUCCCAGGUGCCAGUGACCUUGGAGGACAUGGCAGCGUACCUGUCCCAGGAGGAGUGGGAGAGCCCAGACCCAGCUCAGCGGGAUUGUAGCUGGGACACACUGCCGGAACACAGGGGGCUUGGGCUGCAACUUGAUGGAGAGGACGCCAGGGAGGACGUGUCGAUGAGAAGGGAGAGGGACCGAGAGCCGGCCGGGGGCAAGACCAGACCUGAGCAGCCUCUGGAAAGAGCAGGACCCCGACGAGUCGAAAAGCCAUACACGUGCCCCGAGUGUGGCAAAGGCUUUAGCAAAACGUCCCACUUGACCAAGCACCAGCGCACGCACACCGGGGAGCGGCCCUACAAGUGUCAGGUGUGCGGGAAGGGCUUCAGUGACCGCUCCAACUUCAGCACGCACCAGAGGGUCCACACGGGCGAGAAGCCAUACGCGUGCGCCGAGUGCGGGAAGCGCUUCAGCCAGAGCUCCAGCCUGGUCAUCCACCGCAGGACGCACACCGGGGAGCGGCCUUACGCCUGUGCCGAGUGCGGGAAGCGCUUCAGCAACAGCUCCCACUUCAGCGCGCACCGGAGGACACACGCGGGCGAGAAGCCCUUCGUGUGCCCAGCCUGUGGCAGGGGCUUCCGCCGGGGCACAGACCUCCACAAACACCAGCGGACCCACAGCGAAGAGCAGCACCCGCCGGGCCCGCAGAGCCCCGCAGCGAGGCUCCAGGAGGCCCCCGGGCUGAAGCCCGGCCGCCACUCACUGAGCUACCCGCCUCAGGGGUCCCGGUCAGAAUUUCACGGUCAGAGUUCAUGAAGCUGCUGGAAGUACUGUCUUGGAACCAGACCCCUAACCUGAAGGCAUUUCGGACACACCCCGUGUGCCCCUGCUGGGGACCCAGCUGAUGACAGUGGGACAUUUCAGGUGCCCGGACUGAGGGAAGAAUCCGGGCACUGAGUGUGGCAGUGACGGCUGGACACGGGGCAGGUGGACCUGGGCCGUGGGGCCACUGUCCAGAUGAGCACAGCCUGUCUCAGCACCCCAGGGAUGGAUUCUCACCGUUCAGGGGGCCGGAAGUCCAAUUCAAGGUGUAGGCAGGGCUGCUGCUUUCCGGACGCCCUGAUGGGAGACACCAUCCCACACCUCUCUUCUGGCUUCUGAUGUUGCCGGCGUCCCCAGUGUUCUUGCCUUAUGGCUCUGUCGCUCCCGUCUCUGCCUCUUCUCUGCUCUGGUGUCCUCUUCUAAGGGCACAGUCAUUCGAUUUAGGGACCCCGGUCCAGAAUGACCUCAUCUUAAUUACAUCUGCAAAGACCCUGUUUCCAAAUAAGGGCACAUUCUGAGGUUGUAGGUGGACAUGAAGCUGGGGACACUUUGUCGGCCCACUUUGGGGAAGCCUCAGUGGCUCCCAAUUUCUUGCAGUGUUAACACACCCUAGCCUUUCCUGGCCUCUCACCUUCCCCUCCAGCCUUGCCACACUCAGUGUGUAGGCCGUGGGGGCUUUUCCGUGUCCCUGUGUUAUCAGCGGGACCGUGGGGUGGAGUUGGGGGUCACCUUCAUAGAUCCACAGCUGUUCUAAAGGAUAAAUGCCUGGUGUGGGAACACUUCCCUGAUACCCCAUCUUUCAGCUUCUGCAGCCUGUGAGGAAGCCUGUGGAUUUGACCUGUCUUCCCAUCUGUCCCCACGGCAGGAGUCCAUGGUUGUCUUUGUUCCAGCCCCAAGUGGCCAGGACAGAGGCAGCCUUGGCUGACCCACUGGGUCUUUCUGAGGCAGACAGGCAGCUGACGCUCCCGUAGAGGGUCCUUGUUCUGUUUCAUCGUCACUGGAGUUGGGGCAACUGCUGAAACCCCUUGGUUCUGGAACAUUCCAUGCAGGGAGUGUGGCAGUUUCCCAUGGUGGGGUUGCCUUGGGCCUUGUCUUGUGCUCCAUUCUGUUUGUUACCCAAUCACUGUAGGUAUUUUCCAUCUUUCAGUGUAACCCAGGUUCCAGGAUGCGUGAUUUGUUCUUGGUUCCUUUAAUAAACAAAGUCGGUCCCUCUG